CGGCUGUUUAAGUCACUAGCGUGGGCCGGCUGCCUGCUUGUCACUAGAGAGGAAGACUGUGGUACUGUCACUCGAUGAAUCUUCUCAUCAGGAGAGGUAUUUCCCAGGGAGUUCGGCGACAGUUAUACAUGUACAUGUAGGGCCUACAUGCAUGGAAGAUCCUGAAGUAGACAAUUUUCGCUUCUGAUCCGAGUCUUCGUUAAGGUCCUGUCUCCAUAUACGCCAUGGCGUUUAACGACGUCAGUGCGAUGACGGCCAAGAUAACAGCAGCCAUGGUUCUGUUCUUCCUUGUGUUUCUGUGUAGCUGGCUCCCCGGAAGAAUGAUCACUUUCCUCCACCGUGGACUGGAUAACUCUCUGGACCAGCAGCGCCUUCAGCAAGUCCUGACGGGCAUGAACUGUUUCGCCGGCGGCGUGUUUCUAGCUACCUGCCUUCUGGAUCUCCUGCCAGAGUUUCGUGCAUUAAUUACCGGCGCCAAGGGACGGACAGGCAGUACGGAUGGUGUGGAUUUCUCGGUGUCAGACACUCGUACGUUUGCAUACCGCCAAAGGCGACUGAUGAUUCCCAAACUGUCACCAUCGAAAGACCAUGAAAUAAUCAACACGUGUGAAGAACGGCAGUUCCUAUACGACACACCGUUGAAUCGUCUCAGGCGUCAUUCAUCUCUUAAAUCAAACAGUGUCAUCGAUAAUAAUAACAAUUGUAUCUUGACCAACAGUGGAAACCUCGUGAAGAUUCGGAAGCGAAGAUCUCUCGAUCUGAGUGUCAUUAUUUUACUCCUUGUCUUAUCAGCCCACUGUAUCUUCGACGGUCUCACUGUUGGUUUCCAUCCUCGGCCUCCUACACCACAAGCGCUAGAAGUUACAAUUGCGGUUGCCAUCCACAAAUGCGUCUUCGCUUUUAGUCUUGGUGUACAGUACGCACAGAGUAGUCAAAUGUCAACGGGACUCAACCGCAGCAUUCUCUGUUACUCAGCCGCAUCACCCAUUGGAAUCUUCACUGCCUUUGUGUUUGACAACUUGUCAAACUUGCCGGCGAUGUUGGGCAGCGUGGUACCGGCCAUUGCAACGGGGACUCUUGCAUUCAAAAUCUUCUUGGACAUUUCGCCUGCAACUUGCCAGACAUAACACACUUACUCUUUUACUCGAGAUUGAGGAACAUGUUGGAGGCCAUACACUCAGUUGACUGUAAUAAUUUCACCAGAUUACCAGUAAUAUUACUUUAAAGGGCCCGUGACAUGGAAUUUUUCUUGGGAACGUAUUUAAUGCAACUUUCUACGUAAAUGUAUGAAAACUAUUUGGCAUCUAUUUUUGGUUAUUUUAAUUGAAAUGUGUACUUUUUUAAACAUUUAUUAUUGUUCAUGCUUUUCCUGACAAAUGAGGGAACUGUUGCCGUGAUGUCAUUUCAGGAAGACACAGUUCAGUCUAGGGGUUUUCUUUUCAAAUUGUGAAUCCAAAAUUUGCUCACUGAAAACAUGUGAGAAUGCUCACGGGCUUGCUGUCAUCUACUGGAACAUCAACGAAUCACCAAAAACAAAUUACCACUUCAAAACAUCCAAGAUUAGUUUUGGUGCUGAGAUAGCUGUAUUAAAGACUGAGGUUUCUGCCUGGAAUGAUAUCACACUUGUGCUUAUGAAUAUGGAAAUUUACUAAGCAUAAUAACCUAAGAAGCACCAAAAUGCUCUUAGAAUGGCAAAUGAAAAUUGACAAUGAAGUUUAAUGAUACACAAAUGCAUUUUCAAAGAUUGCUUCAAAACAAUUCAUUACAUGAACCCUACCCAACUGAGGCGUUACUGCCUCGGUGGAAUGGUCCUUUCGGGACCAGGAGCUUAUUUUGUUUUGUGACAACUUGUAAAAUUCGAGCACAUGGGCCUAUUUCAAAACGUCAUUUAUGCUUUAAAUUAUGCACUUUGGAAUUCGUACAUUUCAUGAUAUUAGCUUUCGAAGGAAAUUCGACCAGAGGCAACAGAUGGGAGUCCCCGUAUAUUUUCAGAGCUUACCUUGCACACGGAUAAGAAUACUGCAUUUUUAAUGGUAUUACAUUAAUAAGAACCAUUUAAAGAGAAUUGACAUUGUUAUUAAGAACAAAUCGAAUAUUCCCUGAAGUUUUUAACGAUAUUUAACAGUAAAACCGAGAACACAAUUCGUAAAUAAUGGUGUAAUUCAGUGAUUUAUUUAUAAGGACGUUAGCAUGUUUUCAAUAGCUUACUAAUGUAUAAUCGGCGCGUUACAUGUACAUGUGCGUCCCUAACACUGCAGACACAUUUAAGGCAAGAUGAGCGCCCUACAAAAGCUUGUCGGCAUGAAAAUUGGUGUUGAAACCCUGCAGUGACUCGCAAACAGUGUUUAUCGGAUUACCAUUACGAACGCCUAAGUAAUUAGUGCGUGUGGAGAUAUGGGCGAAUAUUAAAAU